UUGAUGUUAAAAAAAAAUUAACUGUAGUUGCAGAAGAAGCAGCAUUGAUGAGGUUACAGAGGACUUUAAUCCUCUUAUCUGACCCAAGACUGCCACCCUCACCACUGGCAUCUACUCCUCUCAUUACCCAAACACGUAUCCAUCUCCCCCCCUUCUUCUUCUUCUUCUUCUUGCUCUUGCUCUCUAGAAAUGAACAGUUUGCAGAAAGUUAGGGCAUGGGUUCUUGAAUCUUGACAGCAUUAUUUGAGUAGCUGCUUACUUUUUUCUGUUCAAUUGCUGGUUUUCUAUCUUUGGAUUGUUUAGGAGAGGAGGUAGGAGAGACUGAGAGAGGGAUAAGUAUAAUAUUAAUAGGUGUGGGAAGGGCUGAGAGAAUUGAAGAAUGGGUUAGGCUAAAGAAACGAAAUUUAUAGUUUCUUGGGGUUAGGGCUUUUUUUUUGGGGGGUGAUGGAAUUCGGGAAGUUGGAUGGGUGGUUUCAGAUUUCAGAGAGUGGGAAAAGCCACUGAGAAAAAGUUGUGUUUAUCAAAAGCUGGAUCCUCAGAGGAAUCAGCAGCAGCAGCAGAAGCACCACCACCUCCAUUUUUCCGAUCAAAUCCAAGGAGAAGAAGAAGAAGAAGACCCGUCGGGGAACCCGCCGCCGCCCAAGAAACGGUCGUAUUUUCCUUCGACGGAGGAACAUGCAAGAUUGCGGGGAAGAAUGGGGGAGAAUCGUCAGCAGCAGCAACAGCAGCAAGGGAGUUCGUCGAGAUUGGGCCUAAGAAACGCCGGCGGGGAGAUAGUGGAAGUCCAAGGCGGGCACAUUGUGAGGUCGACAGGGCGGAAAGACCGCCACAGCAAGGUCUGCACAGCCAAAGGCCCCAGGGACCGCCGGGUCCGGCUAGCCGCUCACACCGCUAUUCAGUUCUACGAUGUCCAGGAUCGGCUCGGCUACGACCGCCCCAGCAAAGCCGUGGAUUGGCUCAUCAAGAAAGCCAAACCCGCUAUUGACGAGCUUGCCGAGCUACCCGCCUGGAAACCCAAUACCGUUAACCCUAAUUUCGACCAAGAAGAUGCCCAGAAACAGCACCGAGAGACCCCCGGAGAUGCCAAUUUGUUGGAUAAUGUUGCGGGGCCUUCUAAGAGAGGCAUGAUAAUGCAAGAGAGUGAAAAUGAGUCCAGCUUUUUGCCUCCUUCUUUGGAUUCUGACUCCAUUGCUGAUACUAUUAAGUCCUUCUUCCCCAUGGGGGCUUCAGAGCAGCCUAAUUCUUCUUCUAUGCAGUUCCAGACCUUUGCCCAGCAGUCAGAUUUGCUGUCCAGGACGGGUAGCCAGAGCCAAGAUUUGAGGCUUUCUUUACAGUCAUUUCAAGAUCCUACUAUCCUUCUCCACCACCAAAACCAGCAGGUUCAGCACCACCAGAACCCGGGUAGCCAUAGAGCUAUUUUAACCGGGUUCGAUGCUUCGGGCUGGUCUGAGCACAAUCAGCAAAAUCAGCAGAGAUUUCCGGCCUGGCACGGCGGUGGUGGAGACGGUGCUGCUGCUGCCGCCACCUGCUCCAGUAGCGGCAGUGGUGGCGCGGCAGCAGCUUCAGCAACAGGAGGAUACUUGUUCAAUUCGCCACAGCAGCCGCUGUUCCAGCAGUUGUUCGGUGGGCAGAACCAGUUUUUUCCUUCUCAGAGGGGACCCCUUCAGUCCAGUUACACACCUUCGGUUCGUGCUUGGAUGGACCCAUCACCCGCAAUAGCUAUUGCUAGUGUUGAUCCAAACCAGCAGCACCAGCACUACCAGUCAGCAAUGCUGCCCAUUUACCCGUCAUCACUAUCGGGUAUAGGAUUCUCCACAGGCGUGGGGGAAUUCUCCGGGUUUCGCAUUCCUGCACGAAUCCAAGGUGAAGAAGAGGAGCACGAUGGCAUUUCCGACAAGCCAUCCUCUGCUUCCUCUGACUCCCGUCGUUGAAUUAGCUCUCGAUAAUCUCUCGUUUCUUCUCUCCAAGUUGCAGGAUAUGAUGAAGAAUACUUCUUAAGUUAAGUUGAACAAGAUCAAAUUAGUUAUGAUGCUUCUGCAAGAGAUCUUGGAGGCAGAGAAGGAAAAGGGAAUUUGCUGAGUCUAAAUCAAUGGCGGCCACCCGUGGUAGAAGACUUGUUGGCAUAGUUUCAGGUUUUUCUAUCCCGGGUUUUAUUGUUAUCUGUAUUAGUUCAUGUCGAUUAUUAUCAAGUUUUACAUUUAUGUAUGAUUGAGUGGGCUUCCAGAGCUCAACUUUGUCUAGUUUGAGGAUUAUGUUGUGUUUCUAUUGCCAUCCUAAUCAGGGAGCUUACUCCUUGCUUUGAAUUUUAUGAAUUUAGUGUUUCCUAAGCUUUGUUUAGUACGUGUUUUCAUUGCUUCAUAAUGGUUCUUAAUGUCAAAUCUAGUUUGAUA